UUCACCAAUUUGUCAAUUUGUUUUUAGUUGAAUCUGAGUUGGUAACACUCACUUGAUCACAAUUUUGACAUUUUCUGUAUCUGUCUCUUUUGCUCCCGCUCAGUGUUCAAGAUGAGUACGAAAAUCAUCAAAGCGAGCGCUGCCGAGCCUGAUGGCUUCGAAACCUCGAUCUCUCAGGCGCUGGUCGAGUUGGAGACCAACUCUGACCUGAAGGCCCAACUAAGGGAGCUUUACAUUACUAAAGCUAAGGAAAUUGAACUCCAUAAUAAAAAGUCAAUCAUCAUCUAUGUGCCCAUGCCCAAGCUGAAGGCUUUCCAGAAGAUUCAAAUCAGACUGGUCCGUGAAUUGGAAAAGAAAUUCAGCGGCAAGCAUGUCGUGUUCAUUGGUGACCGUAAAAUUCUACCUAAACCUAGCCACAAGACACGUGUCGCUAACAAACAGAAGAGGCCAAGAUCAAGGACUUUGACGUCCGUGUAUGAUGCUAUCCUCGAGGAUCUUGUCUUUCCUGCUGAGAUUGUCGGCAAGAGGAUCAGGGUGAAACUCGACGGAUCACAACUGAUCAAAGUGCACCUUGACAAGAAUCAGCAGACCACCAUUGAACACAAGGUGGACACGUUCCAGUCAGUAUACAAGAAGUUGACGGGGCGUGAGGUAACUUUCGAGUUCCCUGAACCCUACUUGUAGACUUAUGACUUUACAAUAAAACUUAAAUAUUA